AUGUCAACAAAUCCAGCUGACGCAUAUGCUGAAAAGCUGAGACGUGAAAGAGAAGCGAGCCCCAUCGUAAUUGAUCGUCUGGACGAUAAUGUGUUGGCAAGUAAGUGUUCCCUGGGCUAGCUAUGCGGACCACACCUUGCUGAUUCAGUACUUCAGAGUUGCCAGAGGGAUCUGAGGUGGUCUCUGCCGUACCCUCCGGGGCAAGCGCUUGGUGCAAGACGUUCCGUUCCGUAUUGACGCAAAGUUGAAGAAUGGUGAACUCAAACCUUACUUUAUGAAGGUCGGUACCCAUGUGCAUUCACAUCUAGCCCAGAUCCCUGGGGCCCCCUAUUGUUCACACAUGAUUAUAGUAUGAGUCAGGUGAGCCUGGCCGGCGCAUGGUGGAAGGUGCUUUCCAGUCUGACUCUGUCUACGCCUCCUACGCCCCGGAUAACGUGCCUACACCCGUGGGCUUUGGUGAAUUCAAAGAUGAUUCUGGCACAUGGUUCUACGUCUGCGAAUUCCAUGACAUGGUCGAUGAUCUGCAAGAUGUCGUGGACUUGGUCGAUAUUCUCUCCAAGGUUCAUAGGACCAGUAUGGGAAAGUCUCCAACAGGCAAAUUCGGAUUCGCCGUACCAACGCAUCUUGCGAAUAUCCCAAACGACAACACUUGGCAAGACACAUGGGAGGCAUUUUUACCCAGGCUAUGAAUUCUAUGUAUGAUUUUGAGAAGCGGGCCCAGGGUAGAGACGAGGAACUGGACAACCUCUUCGAUGCCCUUUGCAACAAGGUUAUACCGAGACUUCUUCGUCCUUUGGAAUCAGAGGGGCAUUCUAUUGAGCCUUGUCUUAUCCACUCCGAUCUAUGGCCUGGUAAUUGCAUGCUGGAUGCAAACACAGGAGAUAUCAUUAUGUUUGACUCUUGUGCAUUCUGGGGUCACAACGAGGCAGAUUUGGGCCCUUGGCGGGCGCCACGAUAUCGACUUGGAAGACCAUAUCUCAGACAAUAUCAGAAGGUCAUGGGGAUUUCAGAGCCACAGGCUGAUUGGGAUGACUGGAAUGCGCUAUAUGCUUUGUAGGUGGAAAUUCCUGCAGCGAAACGAAUACAUGCUCACUGAUCUUCAGGCGCUAUGAUUUCUUGGUUUCUGCCUUGUAUCCUAACGAGACAAAGUUUCGCGACAUGUAUGUUAUCGUUUCAUUCCGGCAAUUCAGAGAGGUCUAACAUGAUGCAGGGCAAGAAGGGAGCUGCGUGCGCUGGUGGAGUAUUAUCCUGGUGGCUUGCAGGAGUACUAUGAUCAGUCAAAUGCCACAAAGCACUCUGGAGAAAUUGAACUUGAUCCCCAGAUAAUUGUUGGUAAGAGCUCUGGUCACUCAAUUUAGGAUCAGAACGAGUGGAAGGUUGAUUUCGUAUGUAGCACUCCCACCAGAUUCCAAAGUUUAAGCUGCUCAGGGGUAUGGGAUCAGCAACUGGAAUCAGACUGGCUAUAUCCAAUUUCAACAAAGGGAUAAAUCAGAUGUGACACGUUGGUUUCUCAAAGUACCUUUGUCCGUGUUGGGUUAAUUUAGUUCAUCUAACUCGUAUCUAGAUUUCCACGGGAGACCGUGGACUUGGAAUGAUGAAGGGCGAGUAUGAAUAGACGAGGGAAAUUUGUAAAGUGUCACCCACGUUUGCCCCGCGCCUUAUUUCCUGAGGUUCCUGUUCAAACUACAAUCACCAUUUCAUUCUCUUAAAGUUUCAAGAUCUUGAGCCAGGUGCUCGGUCCACCGAAGACUUUGCAAGAUCUCUUGCAAAGUUGCACCAGAACAGUCGCUCGCCAAAUAGUUGGUUUGGCUUUCAUAUCACCACGUAUAAUGGCAAUCUGCCACAAGACAAUCCCUGGACAAGAUCUUGGGAAAAGUUCUUCUCCAAUAGACUACGACAGAUGCUAUCCAUAGAGCAAGCGAUCCAAGGACCCAGCCCAGAGCCUCAAGGGCUUUCCGAGGCGUUGUUGGAGAAGGUCGUACCGAGGCUUUCGCGUCCAUUAGAAACAGGAGGUAGAACAAAGAAGCCUAGCCUUUUAUACAGAGACCUUUAG